CGAACAAUCGCAGGAUUAGUACGCACAACAGAUGGCAAGCAAACGAAAGCCAAUCCACACACCCUCUGCCACCGGUGCAGGUGGAGCAAACGCUACCCGGCCGCAGAUGAACUUCCGUCAGGGAUUAAACGACACUACGGCACGCAGCGAAGCAAAGGGCACACGGCCAACUGCCACACCGACCUCGAUAAGGGAAGUGCUCACAAUGAUGGUGCUGCACGUGUGCAAAAAGAUCAUUUUCUUCGACACCAACCUGAAAGUCCCACUGUAUCUGGGUUCUUUGUUCAUCGUCUCACUGAUCGGUGACUUUCUCCCCUACCCAAAGACUUACCUAGCACGUACGGACAAUCUGUUUAACGUGUACUUCGUUAAGCUGGGAUGGGCAUGGACGUUACUGUUCGCCUUCCCGUACCUUGCCAUGACAUCGAUCACCAUCUGCUGUGGUGACAAUCAGCGCCUACUGAGAAACCAUCUCCCCCGGCUCGGCAUAGCAACGGUGUUUUGGUUCGUCUGGACCAAACUGUUCAACAUCAUCGAAUCGAGCUACGGCCGUUGCAGUAUGCGUGGAUUCGAUGCGAAAACGCCAUGCCUAAAGGCGGGUCACCUGUGGAAUGGUUUCGACAUUUCCGGCCACGCGUUCAUCCUGAUCUACGCUAGCUUGGUACUGAUGGAGGAGGCACGUCCCAUUAUCGGAUGGGAAAGCAUAAAGGAUCUGCUGCGCAACGAAGAACACAAUCGCAACAACAACGACACCUCGCAAACGUCCAAUCCGCUGAAGAGUUUAAAGGAUGAAGAUCUGAAGGCGCUUAAAUAUUUCUAUAAUCGUUUCACACCCACCAUACGGUUGUUUUUCGUCGGGAUGACUAUGCUGCAGCUGUUGUGGGAUCUGAUGCUCGUCGGCACGAUGCUCUACCACCAUCGGAUGGCGGAGAAGGUGCUGAGCGGAAUCAUUGCCGUCGUCACGUGGUUCGUGACGUAUCGUGCCUGGUACCCGAUACCUACCGUACUGCCCGAUCCCGUUGGGAAGGGAUUGUUUAACUAUCAAUCGCUCAGCAAAGCAGAAAUUGGACUCCGACGAAGGGCCAGUCUGCUGCAGCAGUCGGGUUUAUCGGGCACGGCCAGUGGUGGAAAUUCGAACAGCAUGGGCAGUGGUAAAGAAAUUCCCAAAUUUAUGGGAAUGCCACUGUACGCCGCACGGCAACCAUUUAAUGCUUCGGCGAUGGGUGCCAAUGUUGGUCCCAAUGCAUCCUCACUGGAAGGCACGGGCAGUGGUGGUGGUGCAUCGCAGGGCGGUGGAUCGUUCGUAAGUAGUCAUUUGUAUGGUUCACGCAUGGGUAGUGGUAGCGGUGGCAUUGGUGGCAGCAGUAGUGGUGGUGGUGGUGGUAGUAACUAUAGCAACGCGGACUUUAACCAUCCUUCGUACGCCCGCUAUCGUAGUCGCUUUGAGCGGUUCGAAUCGUCGUAG